GAUCAACACCAUAUAUAUAAUGUGUAGGACGCUUCCUUUAACAAAGGACUAUAUUUCGAAAAUAAUUAUAAACUCGAAUGAGAAAAAUAAUUCAACAUGUCAAACUCUAUCUCAAGUAUCCGAAGAUUCGGAGAGUUCCAAAACCAUAAAGAGUACGGAAUCAAAUAAUCAUCAACAUAAAACAACAAAGUCCAAAAGUAUUCGACAGAACCAGAAAAACCAAGAUACAGAAGGAUUGUGCAGUAUUUGUGGACAAAUUGUCGAUAAUCUUCGACGUCAUAUGAAGAAUCACGGGACCUAUACUUGCGACCAAUGUUUUCUCAGCUUCAAAUCGCAAAAGCUCCUCAAUGAUCACCGUGAAUUGCACGAGAGUGAUGUUCACUUCGACUGCGACAUUUGCAAAAUGAUUUUUAAAACUCCGGCGCAGCUUUCGGUGCAUAAGUUUACGCAUAUUCAAAAAUAUGCGUGUCCUUUUUGUAGUUUUUCCAGCAAGAACUGUAGUUCGAUUAAGGAGCACAUCAAGAGACACGAAGAAAAAUAUAAGUAUCAUUGCGCGAUAUGCAACCAGGGCGUGCCAAACCAAACCAAAUUACAGAUCCAUAUGGAGAUCCAUACGGAUGUAGCUAAACACGAGUGCGAAAUUUGUCACAAGAAAUUCAAAGUGGAAUAUUAUCUCCGUAUCCAUAAAUUACUGAACCAUAAAAAAGAAGUGCUGGGCAUCGAGGAAUCAUUUCAGUGCGAGAUUUGCGGUAGAAAGUUUACUUUCGAAAAAAGCUUCAAGCGCCAUUUGAGCUGCAUUCACAAGGUGGGAAAGGAUAUGUCAGUUGAAUGCUCGGUAUGUAAAAAGGUUAUAUCUAACAGACAAACCUUGAAAAAACACAUGAGGACUCAUACGAGUGAAAAGGCGUUUUCCUGUGAAACGUGUGGAAAGGGGUUUUCUCUGAACACGUAUUUGAUUAGACACCAAAAGGUGCAUUCGAGAGAAAAUGGAUUUAAAAGAAAAAAUGCGUCUAAAAAAUCUUGAACUAAUAUAAUGGGUAAAGCUUGAUUUCUAAUUGGUUGUUACGUGCCACUUUUCAUCCGUAGAUUUUUUACUCCAGCCCGUCAACGGAGAAAGUUAAAAUCACAGAUAGAGGGAAUGCGUUUUGAUUGGAAAGUGCCCAUAAUGACAAUGUAAAUACUAUUUGGCGCUAUUACGGUCGCGACCCAAACCUUUUGAUAAUUUCAGAGCGGUUCGGCUUUUUCCGAA